GUCAAAUACUAGACGUAAAACAUAUGUGUCAAGUCGUUUUAAAUUUGGGAUUGUUUUGGUAUUUUUGUAUGUUUUUUAACACAAUCGGAAUAUGUAAGUCGUAUAAUUAACAAGAAAUGUAGAAUCGGUAUAUGGCACUAUUGUAAAGUUUACGACAAUAAAAUGUUAUCCAGUUUAAAAGAAAAAAUCUUGAAUGUGUCCCUAUUUCAUACUGGUGAUGAAAUACAGUUAACUAAGAAGAAAUUAAUAAAUGUUAAUGCUGGCGCAGAAAUUUUAACACAUUUCCAAGAUCAAUGGGAAGAAUUACAUAAAAUUAAUGAAGAUAAUGCAAGGAAAGCCGAGAAAAUUGCUCAAGAGAUAGACAAAAUAUCUAAUUAUGUCAGUGAUAACAAACAAAACCUUGGUUUGAUUAAUCAUAUUUUGAUAACAUCCCAACUAUCAUCUAAUAUAGAUAAGUGCUUAAAAAAUAUACAGGAAUUAUACAAUACUUCACAAACUAUAGAAAAGGAUUUAAUACAAUUAGAAGACCUUAUUGAACAAGCUGAUUUUAAUAAACUAAAACAAGAACAUGAAUAUCAUUUAGAACAGUACCGUUCUAGAAAGGAAGACUCCCUUGCAAGUUUUAAAACAGAACUUAAUGCUAAACACUUGAAAACAAUUGAAGAGUAUGAAAUAAAAAAGAAUGCAGUUCUCGCAGAACGCCAACAGGUGUUUCAAGAUGCUUUUAAAUCUGAUUUAGAAAUGUAUAAAACCUCAGGGGCGAUUCCUGGUCGAAUUCAACAGAAAACUCAAAACAGCGCCUUGCUAGAAGAAAUACAGCUAGAUUUGGACCAAAAUGAACUAGACCAAUUUUUUAGUGAUGAGAAAUCGGGCGGUAGCUAAUGAACUAGAUGAUUUUACUUAAUUUUAGUGGUGAGAUUAAAUAACUUAAGGGAUUAAAUACUUUUACUAGCUUAAGGGAAAUUGUAAUAAAGUUGUAUAUACACUGUUAUCAUUUUUGAGACAUAUUUUUUGUAUAUAUUGAAAUUUAUAUUAAAUAUUUUAUGUGAAUAAAAUACUCUAUUGAACAUUA